GACCAGCCGGAGGAGAAAGAACAUGGCGGGCGCAGCGGGGCCCGGGACCGGCCCGGGGGCGGCUGGAGGAAAUGGAGACGAUUCGCUAUACCCGAUCGCGGUUUUAAUCGACGAGCUCCGCAACGAGGAUGUACAGCUCCGCCUUAACAGCAUUAAGAAGUUAUCCACAAUCGCUCUAGCACUUGGAGUAGAAAGGACACGAACAGAACUGCUGCCAUUCCUUACAGAUACGAUUUAUGACGAAGAUGAGGUACUGUUGGCUCUUGCUGAACAGCUGGGAAACUUCACCGGCCUGGUGGGAGGCCCUGACUUUGCCCACUGUCUGCUGCCUCCUCUGGAAAGUCUGGCGACUGUGGAGGAGACUGUGGUUCGAGACAAGGCUGUGGAGUCCCUGCGGCAGAUCUCCCAGGAGCACACGCCCGUCGCUCUGGAAGCCCAUUUCGUCCCGCUGGUGAAGCGCCUGGCGGGCGGGGACUGGUUCACGUCUCGCACAUCUGCGUGUGGCUUGUUCAGCGUUUGCUAUCCCAGGGCGUCAGCGGGCGUCAGAGCAGAAAUUAGGCAGCACUUCCGCUCGCUGUGCUCAGACGACACGCCCAUGGUACGCCGGGCGGCCGCUUCCAAACUGGGCGAACUGGCCAAAGUGUUGGAAUUAGACAGUGUGAAAAGUGAAAUUGUCCCUCUGUUCACGAGCCUGGCUUCAGACGAACAGGACUCAGUGCGGCUCCUGGCUGUGGAAGCGUGCGUCAGCAUCGCCCAGCUGCUGUCCCAGGAGGACCUCGAGGCCCUGGUGAUGCCCACGCUCCGGCAAGCGGCCGAAGAUAAAUCUUGGAGGGUUCGCUAUAUGGUGGCUGACAAGUUUUCAGAGCUCCAGAGAGCAGUGGGUCCCAAAAUCACCCUCAGUGACCUCAUCCCUGCCUUUCAGAACCUCCUUAAAGACUGUGAAGCUGAGGUCCGAGCAGCCGCUGCCCACAAAGUCAGAGAACUUUGUGAGAACUUGCCCACUGAAGGUAGAGAGACCAUCAUUAUGAACCAAAUUCUGCCCUAUAUAAAGGAAUUAGUCUCUGAUACAAAUCAACAUGUCAAAUCAGCUCUAGCUUCUGUAAUUAUGGGAUUGUCUACCAUUUUGGGAAAAGAGAAUACCAUCGAACACCUUCUACCUCUUUUUCUGGCUCAGUUAAAGGAUGAGUGCCCGGAGGUUCGUUUGAACAUCAUCUCGAACUUGGACUGCGUGAACGAGGUGAUUGGGAUCCGUCAGCUCUCGCAGUCUCUCCUUCCUGCCAUCGUGGAGUUGGCUGAAGAUGCCAAGUGGAGGGUCCGGCUGGCCAUCAUCGAGUAUAUGCCGCUGCUGGCGGGCCAGCUGGGUGUGGAGUUCUUUGACGAAAAGCUGAAUUCUUUAUGCAUGGCCUGGCUUGUGGACCAUGUGUACGCCGUCCGUGAGGCGGCCACCACCAACCUCAUGAAGCUCGUCCAGAGGUUCGGAACCGAGUGGGCCCAGAGCACCAUCGUCCCCAGAGUGCUGGUCAUGGCGAACGACCCCAAUUACCUGCACAGAAUGACCACUUUGUUCUGCAUCAACGCGCUGUCUGAAGCCUGCGGCCAGGAAAUAACCACGAAGCACAUGCUGCCCGUGGUGGUGAAGAUGGCGGGGGACCAAGUGGCGAACGUCCGUUUCAAUGUAGCCAAAUCUCUUCAGAAAAUCGGACCAAUUCUGGAUACUGAAGCUUUGCGCGAGGAAGUGAAGCCGGUCCUGCAGAAGUUGGGCCAGGACGAAGACGUGGACGUGCAGUACUUCGCACAGGAGGCGAUAAGUGUGCUUGCAUUGGCAUAAUGAGGAACAGGAGGGAAAAGACUUUGCUAAAUCCUUAUCACAGAUUUCUGGUCACUGAGUUCUUCCACGGGGUGGAGAAGAGUGGGGAAUCGUCAAGACCUCAUUCAAGCAAAUGGCAACUUACAAGAGAUCAAAUUUCAGUGACUUGAUUCUUUCUGAAGACGGAACAGGAUUGUUUUUCACUUGUCUUCAUUUUUGGGAUAAUUGAUUUAACGCAGCCUUCUUGUUUGUGACCAGCUCCUGACGCUGGGUCAGUCCUGUCUUGAUUGUUCCUAAUAAUAAUCUGGCACCAUUGGGGCUCCCGCGGCCUCGCGGACAGGCCCGGGCCACUCACGUCUCCAGCCGCGCCUGGACGGGUGUGGCCCCAGAUGGGGACUGGAGUGGGCCUCUUGACGUCUGUGCGUCUCCGUCCGUGUGUCUCUCCCCAGGGUCCCAUACUUAGAUGCACGUGAUGCGGGAUAGCUUAUUUUACACUCUCUUCCGGAGCUACUCUGGUCACAUGGCGAAGCCGCAUGUUCCUGGACGCCGGGGACCCGCAGUAGUGGCUCGCGUGAACGGGGGUGCGGAAGCUCAGGGUGCACCUGUUGGUUGUGUUGGGUUUCAUGCACUUGCUUUUUGCUGUAAUCAUGUCCUUCGGAAACCUGAAAUACAGAUGGCGUCUUGCUGCUGACCUGUGGUGUGGGGACCCAGCUGAGUGUCCGUGGCUCACCCCGGGGACUGCGUCCACACCCGGCUGCCUCCCUCCCACCCCCUCUCCCGGUCCCCCCACCGCGAGGCUCAGAACCGAGGGCCUCCUCGUCAGCUGUCCUCUUACCGCUUCCUUCUGAGACUGCUGCUGAGGGGCGGUCGUGGGGCGGCGGCAGGGAGGGGGGGAGGGGGGUCGCUGGGCUCCGCCGCUGGCGGUGCUGACAAACCGGAGCUCCUCCCUAACCUCUGGGCGCGGGUGACGCGGGUGACGCAGGGGACUUAGCGUUUGCAGUGUCUGUUCUUCUACUUUAUGGUAAAACCUCAUUCAUGCCUCCUGGAAUUUAAGGUAAUGAGCUAAGUCAAAGGGCUUGCUGGAGAAAACUAACAGUGGGCAAGGAAGCCUGUUGUGUCUGAACUACGUGAAUCAUUUUUGAAAGCUCUGUAGAAAGCACCCUUACCAGUUGAAAGGCAAAUUACUGGUCACUCUUUUCAGUUUUACUAAAAUAUCUUCCAUGAGGAUUGUUACAGGCUACACCUUUUUUUUAGAUGUAUUCAUUUUACUCUUAUCCCUGAAAUACGUACGUUUGUAUUUCAAGGAGAAUAUAAAUACUUUUUCUCUUUGAUUUAUUUAUAUUUUUCAGCUCCUCAAAGUCGCCUUGUCCUAAUGACUUGUAGUUACUGAGGCCUCGUUGCUUGUGUUUUGCUCCUUGUAUGUUGCCGUGUGGUUUGCUUGCUUCCAUUUUGGUUUUGGAAUUGUUUUCUUUCACUCCCGAGACCUCGUAAGCGCGCCAGCCCUGUUCUGCUCUGUGAGGGCGAAGACGUUCUGUAGAGCUCUGCACGCGGAGCCGUACGUGCGACCAAGUCGGACCAAAUGUUUCCAGGCCUGUCCUACCUUAGAGAAGCAGGACCGGACUCCGACGUUACUGCCUGCGCCUGAAACUGCCAGCCUUUCUAGGAAGUUUCUACUGUGUUCUCUUUGGGGCCAAGGAUUAAAUCUAUUCCUGGGCAAAAAAUGUUCCUACAUUCUCAUUUUAAUGUCUUAAUGUUUGUGCUGCAAACAUCUUAAUUUUAGUUUCAAGGUUCUUUUUGUCGCUCCCUCCGGCGGCCUCCCGCGCGGGUGACCUGCGUGUUUGAGGUGGUGGUCUCGAUUCCUGAAGCGGACUCACUCAGCUGCUGCCUUACGCUUUGGUCGGGAAGGCCGUUGGUUUGGGGACAGACUUGUAAAUGCCUGUUAGACUUGAAGCGUGCUCCUGGGGAGCCCUGGCCGCUGGCCGCUGCCUCCAGGACUGGCCAAGGAGGGGCAGGAGCCUUGCUUCCUCAGGCAGGGGGCUGGGAGCAAAGCGGGGCUCUGUCAUUUUGGGUGACCCCUAGCGACUUGACUGACUUUCUGACUUACUCAGGGGAGCUGCUCUCUGGCUCAUAACUGGUCCAUGGAUUACUUUUUCUGUGUGGAUUUCAUUAGAAUGUCACUCCAGAAGCUUUGGAAGGGCAGAGAAUUUUGUCUGUUUUUUGUCUUCUGCUGUAUUGCCAGCAUCUAGAUCAGUCUGGCGUACAUAGUAGGUGCUCAAUAAAAACAUGUUCGUUGAAUUUCUAAAA